AUGCGGUGUACACUGUGAUAGGAGACCUUUGGCCCCGCUCAGUGGAUUAAAGUCGAGCUCAGACCAUCGUCAGCCUGACACCUGAUCGCUCCAAUGUGGCGCACGGUUUGGUGAGGAAGACAGGAAGCUGUCGUUGUUGUAGUUUGGGGGAAACAUGCGGCGGAAAGAGAGCACACCUUCACCAGCAGCAGAUCGACUUAAAGCUUUGUUUGACAUAAGCGGACGUGUAGUCCUACUGAAGGAGCCUCGCGCGUAACUCGCGCAGCCCAUUAGGCGCACUUCAUGGAGAUCUAUAGAUGACAAGACCUGCACGCCGCGGGUUGCGCUCAGCAUCUACACGGAUCUCUAACGUGGAACAUGGCGAGAGAGAUGAGAGGAGCUCAUCUCCUCGCUGUAUUUUUUACUUUGUGGAUAACACUUUUCAGGGACGCGAAAGGACAAGAAACUUUUAAUGACUUAACAGGUUUUAGUCUGAGUCCGCCGUAUUUCAAUCUCGCAGAGGGCUCCAGAAUCUCUGCCACAGCAACCUGCGGUCAGGAUGAGGCUGGGACACCAAGAUAUGAGUUAUACUGUAAACUUGUCGGAGGACCGACCAAUGGACUUCCUACUCAAAACAUACAGGGUCAGUUUUGUGAUUACUGCAACUCAGCUGAUCCGAACAAAGCCCACCCGGUAAGCAACGCCAUCGAUGGGACAGAACGGUGGUGGCAGAGCCCCCCUCUCUCCAGGGGGCUGGGGUACAAUGAGGUGAAUGUUACCCUGGACCUUGGGCAGCUCUUCCAUGUGGCGUACGUCCUGAUCAAAUUUGCUAAUUCACCUCGUCCUGACCUGUGGGUGCUAGAGCGCUCUGUGGACAACGGGAGAACCUUCACCCCCUGGCAGUAUUUUGCACAUUCAAAGCGUGAGUGUAUUGAAAGGUUUGGAAAGCAGCCCAAUGGCCGUACAUUAAGUGAUGAUGACCAGCUCUGCACCACAGAGUAUUCACGAAUUGUGCCUUUGGAGAAUGGAGAGAUUGUGGUGUCUCUGGUCAAUGGUCGUCCGGGGUCCAAAAAUUUCACCUACUCACCAGUGCUGCGAGAUUUCACGAAGGCCACCAACAUCCGCCUACGCUUCCUGCGGACUAGCACCCUGCUGGGCCACCUCAUCUCCAAGGCCCAGAGAGACCCCACUGUCACACGCAGGUACUACUAUAGUAUCAAAGACAUCAGCAUUGGUGGACGCUGCGUUUGUCAUGGGCAUGCACAGGUGUGUGGUGGGGGCCGUAACCCAGACAACCCAAAUAGACUCCAGUGUGAGUGCCAACACAACACCUGUGGUGAGUCAUGUGACCGCUGCUGUCCAGGCUUUAACCAGAAACCAUGGCGCGCCGCAACUGUCGAUAGCCCGAAUGAGUGUCAACCCUGCCAGUGUUUCUUCCAUGCUUUUGACUGUUAUUACGACCCAGAGGUGGAAAAGAGGGGAGCAAGUUUAGACACCUUCGGCAGGUACGACGGAGGGGGAGUGUGCAUCAACUGCCAGCACAACACUGCUGGAGUGAACUGUGAGAGAUGCAUUGAAGGCUUCUACAGGCCCUAUGGAGUACCUCCUGAGUCUCCCAGCGGAUGCAUACCCUGCAGGUGUGAUGAAAGGACUACAGCCGGCUGUGAAAUGGGGUCAGGAAGGUGCAUCUGCAAGCCACAAUUUGCUGGAGAAAACUGUGAUCGCUGUGCUGACGGAUAUUAUUACUACCCACAGUGCUUUCGAUAUCCCAUAUACCCGGCGACCACCAAAUCUCCCGCUGGUCCUAUUGUGGAGCCCACCCCCUGUCCUCUAGGUCAUUUUGGCUCACCCAUCUGUCAGCGGUGUACAUGUGACUACAGAGGGACAGUGUAUGAGGUUUGCGAUGCUUCAGGGCGCUGCCUGUGCCGUCAGGGUGUGGAGGGGGAACGAUGCGACCGCUGUCAACCUAGAUACCACUCCUUCCCAAACUGCGAGGCGUGUCGCUGUGAUGGGGCUGGUGUGGUUGACAGUUCUUGCAGUCCAAGUGGUCGCUGUGUUUGUCUGCCCAACUACGGAGGGCAGGAGUGUGAUGAAUGCGCACCAGGCUACUAUGGAUAUCCAGACUGUGCUGUUUGCAGAUGUUCACCUGAAGGUUCGCAUGGCAAUGUAUGCAACCCUUUGUCUGGUCAGUGCCUGUGCUUGCCGGGGGUGGUGGGCCAGCAGUGUGACCGCUGUGCCUCUGGACUCAGGUUCCCCCAGUGCUCAGCUCCGAUUACUCAGUGUAAUGCAGCAGGAACUGAACUCGCCAAUCCUCAAACGGGCUCCUGCCACUGCCUAUCAAAUGUAGAGGGAACCCUGUGCAACAGGUGUAAACCUCUUUACUGGAAUCUGGCUACAGACAACCCUCAUGGCUGUAUCGAGUGUCGGUGUGAUUUGAAAGGGACGCUGAGUGGUGUCGGAGAGUGUGAGCAGAAAAGUGGACAGUGUCACUGUAAGCCUAAUGCAUGUGGACAUUCAUGUGACUCCUGUAAGGAUGGAUACUUCAUGCUGCAGAAAAAGAAUUAUUUUGGUUGUCGGGGUUGUCAGUGUGAUGUGGGUGGUGCUAUUGACUUGACGUGUGACGAGAUAUCGGGACAGUGUCGAUGUCGGAAGAAUAUAGUUGGCCGCAAAUGCAGAGAGCCAGCACCAAACCACUACUUUCCUACUUUGCACCAACUGAAGUUUGAAGUGGAGGAUGGCACCACACCAAAUUCCAGACCGGUACGAUUCGGUUAUAACCCCCGAGAGUUUCCAGAUUUCAGCUGGAGAGGUUAUGCUGUUAUGUCCCCUGCACAGAGUGAAGUCAGAGUAACAGUGCAUGUUGAACCAAAUGAAGGGAGGCAGCACUUAUUCCGUGUGGUUCUGCGGUUCAUUAACCCCAGCAGCAUCAGUGUGACUGGUAGCAUCAAGGCUACCAAUAACAGAGGCGCUGCAGGGUCAGAUCAGAGUAAGGAAGUCAUAUUCCCCGAGAGUCGCUCCCCAUCCUUCCUCACUGUCCCAGGAGAAGGCUUUGCUGAGCCCUUUGCUUUGACUCCUGGGAAAUGGAUCAUUCAUAUAAGGGCAGAGGGGGUACUGCUGGACUACUUAGUGCUGCUACCCCGGGAUUACUAUGAGGCUCCGCUGCUGCAGGAGAAGAUCACCCAACCCUGCACAUACCUACCUGCUGCACACAGGAACACAAACUGUCUAUUGUAUAAGCACGUGGCCUUGGAUGGCUUCAGCUCUGUACUCGGCUCACAGGGGAUUCUGUCCAGCCGCAGCGAGCGCAGGAGGAGGCAGGCCCGUGUGCGCCGUCCCACCCCGGAUCACCCCGAGAUGGCUGCUCUCAACGGCAGACAGUCUCAGCUUCAACUCAGUCUGCGUGUGCCUCACUCUGGCCCAUACACCCUUGUCCUGGAGUAUGCCAGUGAGGUGGACAAUGUCCAGAAUGUCAACAUAGUCAUCAGUGGCCAGCUAGAUGGCCAGAUCCCAGCCAGGGCUAACAUUUACAGUUGUGCCUACAGCUUUUUGUGUCGGAGCGUGGCGGUGGACAGCAGUAAUCAGGUGGCAGUGUUACAGCUUUCUCACAAGACAGAACUUCUCCUGCAAACUUCCACAACCUCAUUCCUGCUGUACAAAGUGUAUGCAGUGCCUGCAGAAGAAUUCUCCAUUGAAUACGUAGACCCCAAGGUGCUUUGUGUCUCCACUCACGGCCGCUUCACCGAAGACAGCCGGCACUGUGUUAUGAGGCAGUUUGACAAGCCAAGCUCAGCCUGGAUUCUGUAUGCGGCCCGUGAUGGACAGCUGUCAUCUGCACCAGCUGUCGCUCUGCAGCGUGGAGACAAUGGGGAUUGGAGAUGGAGACGACAGACAGAGUCGUAUCCAGUCCGUGAGCCUCAGAGUGAUGGGGUAGUGCUUAAAUUCCCUCAGACAGAGAUCAGUUUCACUCCCAGAGUGCCCCUCCCAGGCAGGUAUGUGGUUGUGGUCCAUUAUCACCAGCCUGAACAUACCUCCUUCCCCGUGGAGGUCCGAGUGGACGCAGGGCGUGACUGGAGGGGGUCAAUAAACGCAUCUUUUUGCCCUGCGGUCUCGGGCUGCAGGGAGGUUGUCAUCGCUGAUGGACGCAUCGCCCUCGACUUGGACCAGAAUUCUUGGCGCCAGCCCUCCAUCUCUGUGAUCGUGCCGCCUAGGAAGACCCUUAUUUUGGAUUAUAUCCUGUUGGUUCCUGAUAGCAGUUACACUCCAGAUCUCUUGAAAGAGAAGCCGCUGGACAACUCUGCAGAUUUCAUACAGCAAUGCAGAGGAGAGGGCUUCUAUGUUGACCCGAGGACUUCCUCCGAGUUCUGCAGAGACUCUGCCCGCUCUCUCGUAGCAGCCUAUAAUGACGGAGCUCUGGCUUGCAACUGUGAUAAGUCCGGCUCCACAGGGCCCACUUGUGAUCCAGUUGGAGGACAGUGUCCCUGCAGGCAGCACAUCAUCGGACGACAGUGCACAAAGUGUGCCACUGGAUACUACGGCUUCCCCUACUGCAGACCGUGUGAGUGUGGUAGCCGACUGUGCGACGAGGUGACGGGACGCUGUAUCUGCCCUCCUCAGACAGUCAAACCAGCCUGUGAUGUGUGUCAGAAUCAGACUUUCAACUACCACCCUUUGCUGGGCUGCGAGGGCUGCAACUGCUCUCCAGACGGUAUCAAACCCGGCGCAGGACCUGAAUGUGAACGCAUCACUGGACAGUGCAGUUGCAAGCCGAGGAUUGGGGGCCGGCAGUGUGAUCGCUGUGCUGCAGGCUACUAUCGCUUCCCUGACUGUGUACCUUGUAACUGUAAUCAAGGUGGUGUCACACGUGAUGUGUGCCACCCAGACACAGGGAGGUGUCUCUGCAAGAGAAAUGUUGCUGGUGUCAGGUGUGAUACCUGUCGGGAAGGUUCCUUCUAUUUUGACCCCUCCAACCCGCAGGGCUGUACGAGCUGCUUCUGCUUCGGAGCCACUGACCAGUGUCAGAGCUCCAGCAAACGCAGGGGGAAGUUUGUUGAUAUGCGGGGCUGGCGUUUGGAGAGACCUGACCAAGAGCAGGUUCCCUCUGUGCUGAACACAGCCAGUAACACAGUGGUGGCAGACAUCCAGGAGCUUCCUCCUACUGUUCAGAGUCUACACUGGGUGGCACCACAGUCCUACCUGGGAGACAGGGUUACAUCUUACGGUGGUUUCCUCACCUACCAGUCCAAAUCCUUUGGGAUUCCCAGUGAGGGAAUGAUUCUGAUGGAGCGAAGACCUGAUGUUGUACUGACUGGUCAAGAUAUGACCCUGGUCCACAUGGCUCCUCAUGUCCCACUCCCAGACAGGCUAUAUCAGGGCAGAGUCCACCUUGUGGAGGGAAACUGGCGCCAUGCCAUCACCAACAGGCCCGUGUCCAGAGAGGAACUCAUGAUGGUCCUGGCUGGUCUGGAGGGCCUGAGGAUCCGAGCUUUAUACUUCACUCAGAGCCAGCGGCUAAGCCUGGGGGAGGUGGGCUUGGAGGAGGCGACUAACACAGGGACCGGGGGUCCUGCGAACACUGUGGAGCAUUGUUCCUGUCCCCCUCAAUACACCGGAGAAUCCUGUGAGAAAUGUGCUCCUGGUUUCUACAGAGAUGGCAGUGGGCCUUACCUGGGCCGCUGUGUGCCCUGUGAGUGCAACGGUUUGGCUGAUGAGUGUGAAGACAAGACAGGGAGAUGCCUGAACUGUCAGUACAACACAGCUGGGGACCGAUGUGAACGCUGCAAAGAAGGUUACUAUGGAAACGCUGCUCAGAGGACAUGCAGAGUGUGCCCGUGCCCAUUCAGCGUGCCCACAAACAGUUUUGCAGUUGGUUGCAAAGAGGUGUUUGGAGACUUCCAGUGUAUAUGCAGAACAGGCUACACUGGAGAGAGGUGUGAGAGAUGUGCUCCUGGUUACUAUGGUGAUCCACUGACAUCAGGAGGAAGCUGUAAGCCCUGUAAUUGCAAUGGCAACGGUAACAACUGUGAUUCCCGGACUGGAGUUUGCAAGAACACACUGGAGCCAGGAGACACAAACACAGAUGAGCACUGCCAAGAGUGUGACAGUUGUGCUCAGACGUUACUCCAUGAUCUGGAGAAGCUGGAUGAUGAGCUGAUAAGGAUCAAGGAUCAGCUGGACAACGCCACCGCCAGUGCCUCCUCUCAGGACAGGCUGAAGAUGCUGGAGAAGGCCGUGUCAGACACCAAGACUCUUGUCAACAAAUUCAGCUCAGCUGUCAACACCCAAAAGUCCAGAGUCAACCAGCUGGAAGAUGACACGCUCGGUCUCGGAGAAGAUAUCAGCUCCCUCAAAGACAAGGCAGACAAAAGGGCUGCUGAUGCAGACAAGGCAGUGGCAGAUGUUGAGAAAACCCACAGGAGGGCUAAGGAUCUGGACUCAGAGAUUCGAAACAUGCUCAAGAAAAUCCAAGCUCUGCUUGACCAGCUGGAGGCAGGAACCAGUGGUGAUACGGUGCCCAGUGAAAGCCUGACUAAAAUGCUAGAAGAAGCUCAGCGCAUGGUGAAGGAGAUGGAGGAGAGGGACUUCACCCCUCAGAAGACAGCUGCUGAGAAAGAAAGGGACGAGGCCAAGAAACUGCUUGACUACAUCAAGGCUAAUGUAAGCAAGCAGUAUGAUGAAAACGAGGCUGCAGCAGACAAGAUUCGCAACCUUCUGAAUGAUUACGAAACCAAGCUGAAGGACCUGGACAAGGCUCUGAAGGAGGCGUCGGACUUGGUGAAAAAAGCCAACGCCGAAAAUGGACUCAGCGCUCAGGCACUGGGAGAGCUGCAGAAACGCAUUGAAAACCUAAAAAAGGAGCGUAAGACUGUUGAGGAACAAAUGGCCAUGGCGGAGGACGAGCUGCAGAAAGCUGAGGAUUUGGUGAAAAUGCUCGCCGACAGUAAAACGGAGUACGAACAGCUGGCAGCACAGAUGGAUGGUGCCAAGACUGAUUUGACCAAGAAGGUGAAUGAGAUUGCCAAAGCAGCAGCCCAGGAGGAUAUCGUGGUGGCUGCAGAGGAACAUGCAAAGAACCUCUACAAACUGGCAAAGGACCUUGAGGAUGCUGUGAAGAACUCAAGUGGACGUCCUGAGGUGCGAAACGCCAAAGAUGCCAUCGAUGCCUAUAAGAACAUCACAGAUGCCAUUAAUGCUGCUGAGGCAGCAGCUAAUGAGGCCAAAGAUGCUGCAGACAAUGCUUUGGAUAAUGUAAAUAAGCAGAAACUCGUAGAAAGAGCAAAAGACCUGAGAGAGGCUGCUGAUAACCUACUGCCGAGCGCACGUGAAGCAGAGGAAAACCUUAAGGGCGCUGCUGCUGAACUCGCUGACCUGAAGAAGCGCCUGAAGGAUGCUGACAAGAAGAAGAAAACUCUCAACAAAGACCUGCUUGAUGCACAGAACCAAUUAAAUGACAUCAAGAGAGAUGACAUUAGUGAUAUGAUUGAUGAGGCCAAAAAGAAGGCAGCUUUAGCCAAUGACACAGCCAGCAACACUAUGGACAAACUGAACGACAUCAGAAAGGAACUUGACAAGAUCAAUGUCUCUCCUGUGGACUCCAACCUAAGCAGUGUAUUGGACAGUGUGGACCAAUCAGUGAAGGACUUGCUGAAUACCAUCCCAACUCUGAAUGAUAAGAUCUCAGAGGUGGAGAACCUGACCUCACAAGUCUCACCCAUUAGCAACAUAUCUGAGAACAUCAAGAAGAUCAAAGACCUCAUUGAACAAGCCCGGGAUGCAGCUAACAGGAUUGUGAUCCCGAUGAAGUUCACAGGCAGUGGCCACGUGGAGCUGCGCCCCCCAAAGAAUCUGGAUGAUCUGAAGGCCUACACAUCCCUGUCUCUGUCACUGCAGAGACCCAAGGGCAGGGGAGAUGGAAGACGCAGACGCAGACAGGUCGCAGACACCGGAGACAUGUUUGUGUUGUACCUCGGCAAUAGAGAUUCUUCUAAGAACUACAUAGGUAUGGUUCUGAGGAAUAACAUACUGUACAGUGUGUACAAGCUCAAUGGAGUCGAGUACGAGAUAAAGGCAAGCGACAUUUCCAAGUCUGAUCCUGAGCCUGCCACGUUUGAUAAAGUGGAACUGCACAGAAUUUACCAAGAUGCAGAGAUAGUGUUCACGAAAGAAAUCACCUCCGUUCCUCCUAAAUUGACAAGUAGAUACAAUAAGCAAGGAAUGGAGGACAAGGACCUCCUGGACCUCAGCCCCAGUGAUAUUGUCUUCUAUGUUGGAGGCUACCCAUCCAACUUCACUCCACCAAAUUCCAUGAAGUACCCCAAUUACAAGGGCUGCAUUGAGUUCUCCUCCUUUAAUGACAAAGUCAUCAGUCUCUAUAAUUUCCAAAAGGCAGAGAAAGUUAAUUUGGAGACUCCAUGCAAGAGGUAUGUACCGCCAGAGGAUUCUUACUACUAUGAAGGCACUGGGUAUGGCAAAGUGCUUAUAGAUAACACACCCACUGUCCGCCUCAUCAGUAUGUCCAUCAAGACUCGUUCAGAAAAUGGUCUACUCUUAUACAUAGGAAAUGAGGACAAAUACUUCACCAUAACAAUGGAGAAGGGCUUUGUUGUUAUACAUAGUAAUUUGAUCACAGCACCAGAGAAAAGCACAGACAAAAUAUUCCCGUCAAGUGAUUGGUUAGAAAUACUCGUCGUUUCCUCUAGCAAAAGAAAAUUUGCAGUCCGUGUCAACAAUAAAGAAGUCGCCAGUGUCCAAGCUCAGUUCAGCAAUGAAGACUUUAAAGAAUACUACAUUGGUGGUGCACCACAAGACAUGAGGGAAAGACAUAACAUCACCAUACAACCACUCAAAGGAUGCGUGACUGGUGUGACGCUGAAUAAUAACUUUAAAAUUAUUUAUGAGCAAGUGGGCGUCAGCAAAGGCUGUCCUGUGGAUUCCCUGACUUCCCGUAAAGCAGAGUUCAGCUGGGGGAGCUCCUUGUCAGAUGACCUCCAAGGCUUUAGCCUGGCUAAUGAUGUUACUGUCUCUGUUGGAUUCAAGAGCACAGAGAACCAGGGUGUCAUUCUGCGCAAGACAGAGCAGGCUAAAGAAAUUAAUCUUGAACUAGCAGGCGGCCAUGUGAUGCUCAUUCUGGACAACAAGGUGUGGAAGUCUAACAAACAGUACAACGAUGGCCAGUGGCAUUACUUGACUGCAACCAGAAAAGCUGGAAGGGUUCAGCUCAUCAUUGAUGAUGAAGAUAAGGGUCAGGAGCAGAGUUCCGGCACUCCUGCACCUACCACAGCUGGCUCCUUGAUCCUGGGAAAUAAGAGUUUCAAAGGUUGCAUUUCCAACCUCUACACAAGACGGCCAGAGAAUCUGUACAAGGCUGAGGACUUAACCUCCUUCACGGGAUCUGGAGACGUCCUGAUCGAUGUGUGUACUUCGAGCACUCCUGCUCAACUGAUGAUGGACCGCUUUUUCAAGAAGGAUGGUGUGAUGCAGGCAAUAAAUGAGAGUGUAUCAGAAUGUGCACUGCCAGCCCUGGUACCACAUGCUUACCGCAUGGGGGGCCCCGUUAGCAGCCUGAGCUACGGUCUUCCACUACAGGUCCUACAGCCCAGACCACACUUUUCUGUGGAUGUCAGGACUCGGUCCCCUGAAGGUCUGCUGUUCUUUGCUGCUACCAGAGGAGGGCGCUCUCAUCUAGCUUUAUACAUGUCCAAGGGCAGGAUCAGACUGUCUGUAGGCAAACAGAAGGAGAUCUUCAAUCGGGAGAAGUACAAUGAUGGAAAGUGGCACUCGGUUAUAUUCAGUUUGGAGAAGAAGAAAUUCCGAUUGGUUGUAGAUGGGAUCAGAGCCCAGGAUGGUCAGCUGACAAAUACUGAGCUGAUGUCCAUGCAGCAGUUCAUGUCACCUGUGUACCUGGGCAGUGCCCCAGAAUCCCUUCACAAACAGUUAAAGUCAAAGGCUCUUCCAAAACACAGUGUGUCCGGCUGCAUCCGCAAUUUUAAAAUGAAUGGAGCACCAAUGUUAAAUCCAACCACAAACCACGGUGCCGGCCCCUGCUUCGAAGGACAGGCACAAAAAGGGGCUUAUUUCUCAGGGAAUGGAGCGUAUGUUAUUAUCAAUGACUCCUUUGUUGUGGGCUCCAGCUUUGAGCUGCUGUUUAAUAUUCGUCCACGGAGUCCAACUGGACUCCUGCUACAUGUCGGUGAUUCCAGCAGGAUGCAAUAUGGACCCAUGAUGGGCCAUUAUCUCAGUGUCUAUAUGCUCAGAGGAGAGGUGGUGGCACAGGUUAACAAUGGAAAAGGGGAAUUCAUGGUGUCGGUGAAGCCAAAAGCUUCUUUAUGUGAUGGAAUGUUUCAUAAAGUUUCAGUAAUCAAGAGGAAAAAUGUUGUGCAACUACAUGUGGACACAGUGGACAAUUACAAGAUUGGACCACCAUCUUCCACUACCACUUUGACCAAAGACCCCCUGUAUGUGGGUGGCAUUCCUGAGAUGUCGAUGCAGCAGACGCUCCCCGUCACCUCGUCCUUUGUGGGAUGCAUCCAGGACAUGAGGAUCAAUGAUGACUCGGUCUCUUUCGAGAGGCUCUCUGCUGUGUUUGGUCCGGUCAACCUCAAAGAGUGUCCAGGUUGAACGCCUCGCUGCGUCAUCAUGAAACAAACCUUGGGACCACAUCCACCGCCAACCAUGUGCAAUCUGUUACCGAGACAGAGAAUGUGUUUGUAUGUAAGAAUGUAUAUAUUGUGAGGAGUGUGUAUUAGUGUGUGUGUAUGUGUGUGUGUGUGUGUGUGUGUGUAAGUAAGUCUGUGAAUGUGAGUGCUUGCUUGUGUGUGUGUAAAAUAGAGAUAUGAGCAGCAGCUCACAGUUUCAUAAUAUUUGCUGCUCUGUUAAAUAUUUCUAUAUUUAUUUUCUGAUCAUGUAACGUGGCACCAAUUCAUGAAUGCAUAUUCUAACAGUUGUUUUACAGUCUGACGUGUUGGCCCAUUUAUCCUCUGUCAACAAUCAAAUGCUACCGAAUAUGCUUGUGAUUGGUCAGAGCUGCAGUAUGAGCAACCCAGCACUUUAAGAAAACAAAUAAUGCAUUUUGUGAUGGUGCUUUAAUGGAGAUCAACAUUAUUAGCUGAUGUUCUUCUUCUUUUUUUUGUUGGACUCAAAAGUUUAUACUAGAAAAUUUACCUUUACACCCAUGGUGCUUAAUUCAGUGACAUUUCAGGGGUUGCCAAGCUAUUUCAUAUUCACAUACCCGCAUGUAGAGGUCUGCGUUUGAACUGGUUUAAUAUAAAUGCCGUCUUCACACAGGCCGUGAACUCACAUGGUUUUUCCCAUAUUGUACAACUGUUAUUCUGAAUUCAUUUUCCAUUUUGCAUUCCUUUUGCAUGCAUGAGGACGGUCUGUGUGGCUGUUAACAUCAGUUACACCAGAAAACAGCAUGCACUGAAUUUUGUGGUGCAUUGAUUCUAAGUUGAAAAUUCAACUGUAAAAUUCGACUGUAGAUGCCAUUAGUGUAAAUCUCACAGCUCUGGUCAGUCAUGUCAGGGACCAUUCAGCCCAUAUCAUCAUAAAGCUGAAAGUAAUAUAACAAAACAAACAAAUUAAAAAAAAAAACAAACAAAAUGUAUUUGAUGUACCUUCUGUAAACUCUCCAGCAAAUGUUUACUUACCUGCUUUAUUCCAAAAUUUGUGAUAUGAGAAAAAAUAUGCAUGAUAAUUGGACAUAUUGUACAUGCAUUCCUGUGUGGCAGCCAUUUAUUUGUAAAUCAUUUUGUAAUCUGUCCAAGUAAUGUUUAUUAUAAAUACUUCUCUGUGCCAUAUGUAUGUUUUGAAAAACAUCUUUUGAGUUCAUGGUGACAACUCACAUUAUUUCACGUACUUACACGUGAUUUUGGAUAAAUCCAGGAUUAACUGUUGAAUUGUACUCAGCAACAUGUGUAAGAUUGGAUAAAUAGAAUCUGAUUUUUUUUUUUUUUUUUUUUUACAGAUCUUAUGUUUAAUUUUGGUGUUGGAAAAUUACUUCACAUGUAUGUAGUUGGUUUGUUCACACACUUUUUAUAGCUCUACGGGAAACAUAACAUUCUUAUAAUCUGACAACAAAUACCUGUGAAAACGUGUUGCUGGGUCCAUUAUCGUCAACUUGAAAGGAACAACGUCAACUUGUUCUUCAUACCUCAUUGGCUGACUGGAUCUCAAGCUCAAAAGACCACGACCACUUUGUUGCUGCCUUCACGGACUUUUUGUGACCUUUUUUUUUGUUAUUGUGAAUGACAGUUGGAAAGUUGUGCAUAACUGGUGUCGCACCAAAUUGUGACCCAGCAUCCAGAUUUAUCAAAUACAUACUUCAUCAUAAUAUCAACUGUUGCCAAAAUGAUAAUUCAUAGUAUUUAGAUAUAAGAAAAAUAAGAAAUGAUGAAGAAAAGUGAUUGGCAAAUAUAGACUGUGUCGUAAUUUUAGUCUUUUUCAUGUAGUUAAUCAUCUACCAUCACAUAAUCUGAAUGGUCCCAUCAAAAUGUGUGAUCUAUUGACAAUAUAAAGUAAAACAAUGAAGGUCUUAAGACUAGACUGUAACACAGGGCCUCUCUACAAGAACUAGACUAGAAUAGUUGAUGUUGCACUUCAGUGGUGCAAAUUUCUGACAAAUGUGCAAUUAAUCAAAAAAUGUAAACCCAAAUUA